CCUUUCGGAAGGCAGCCAUGAGGGUACUGAAAACAUCCCACAGCUGGAGCCACCCCUGCACACGAGGGUGCUGCGGGACACAUCUGGACCACUUCGAGCUCUCCCACCCACUUGAUCCCCCCGUGAGGGAUGAUCAGCCGGGCUGUCUGGCUCACCUCGCUCCACAGCGGGAGAGUCCAGCUCCUCCUCCCACUGGAAAACCCGGGUUGUGCAACCGCCGUGGGAGCGGGGUGGCCGUGCCGGGGCGGGGGGAGCCGCCAGCCCUCCCCGGCCUCUCCCCGAGCACCGCGUCUCGCCUAUAAACCGGGAGCAGGACGCGCUCCCCGCACCGCGGCGGCGAGACGGAGGGGCAGGCAAGCUGAGUCUGGGACGUAAGUCUGGGAGGUUAAGCCCAGUUUGCAGCACGGGUGCCUAGUGGAGACAGCAAGGAUGAGAGUGGCAGUGGUGGGUGCUGGUGUCAGCGGGCUGACAGCCACCAAGUGCUGCCUGGAUGAAGGGCUGGAGCCCACCUGCUUCGAGCAGAGCCAGGACAUUGGGGGGCUCUGGCGCUACACGGAGCAUGUUGAGGGCAGGCGGCCAAGCCUCUACCCAUCGGUCAUCAGCAACACCUCAAAGGAGAUGUCGGCGUUCUCUGACUUUCCCUACCCUGAGGAUUUCCCAGUGUUCCUGCCCAAUGCUCGACUCCUGGAUUACCUCCGGCGCUAUGCUGAGCACUUCAGGCUCCAAGAGCACAUUAAGUUUGGGACCACUGUUGUCAGCAUCCGGAAACGCUCCGACUUUGCCACCACAGGCCAGUGGGAUGUGGUUACAGACAAGGAUGGGAAGCAAACAUUGCACAUCUUCGAUGCUGUUAUGGUUUGCAGUGGAAAUUUCUAUGAGCCAUCCCUCCCCUUGCACUGCUUUCCUGGCAUUGAGAGAUUCCAAGGCCAGUACUUUCACAGCCGGCAGUACAAGCAUCCUGAUGUGUUCCAGGGGAAGCGUGUCCUUGUGGUUGGCAUGGGCAAUUCCGGAGUGGACAUUGCAGUGGAGGCCAGCCGUGUAGCUACAAAGGUGACCAUUAGCACCAGCCGAGGUGCCUGGGUGCUCAGCCGCGUGUUUGACCACGGCUACCCCUGGGACAUGGUUUUCAACACUCGCUUUAUGAGCUUGAUCAUAAACAGCCUUCCUGGACCCCUUUCAAGGGGGCUGGUCAACUACAGGGUGAACCAGCGGUUCAAUCAUGAAAACUAUGGCCUUCAACCAGAAAAGAGCUGCCUGGUACGUGAGCCUGUGCUGAACGAUGACCUGCCAAGCUACAUCCUGACAGGGAGGAUCACCAUAAAACCGGGCGUGAAGGAGUUCAAGGACACCUCAGUUGUCUACCAUAAUUGCCCUGAGGAGGAGCCUGUCGAUAUUGUCGUCUUCUGCACAGGCUACAAUGUUUCCUUCCCAUUCCUAGAAGAAGAAGUGGUCAAGGUGGAAAACAAGCAUGCAUCCCUCUACAAAUAUGUGUUCCCAACCCACCUGCAGAGGCCAACCCUGGCCGUCCUUGGGCUGAUCAAACCAUUAGGAGCCAUCAUGCCUGUGACAGAGAUGCAAGCACGCUGGGUGACCCGUGUCUUCAAAGGUUUGUGUCAGUUGCCUCCUCAGUCUGUCAUGGAGAAGGAAGUAAACAAAAAGAAGAAAAACCAAGUGCAAAAGUUUGGUCUGUCCUAUGAUGAAGUCCUCAAAACCGAUUGCAUCGUCUACACAGACGAGCUCGCCUCCUUCAUUGGUGCCAAGCCCAGUGUUCUGGGGUCCCUCUGCAGAGACCCCCGACUGGCCCUCACCAUUUUCUUUGGCCCCUGCACCCCUUACCAGUACCGGCUAGGGGGUCCUGGAUGCUGGGAGGGGGCACGCCAAGCCAUCCUCACCCAGUGGGACCGGACCCUGAAGCCCACGAGAACACGAGUCCCCGCUGGCUCCUGCAGCCCCUGGCCUUCUCUCCUGACUGUGGUGGGGUUUCUCCUGCUCCUGGCUGCUCUGUUUUUUGGUUUCCAGUAGAUUUUAGAACCCAUUCAGGUUUUUUUUUCUUGUCUCUGGGGCUGUUACCCUAGGUCAGAUAGUUCCACAGGGUGCCACAGGAUAGGGAGAAUGGGAAUUUCAAGAGACAACUGCAAAUUUACAACUAUAACCAGCAGCACAAACCUCUCUCUGCUCCAGCUCACCUUUGAGCACGGCUUUGCAGACCUUAUUGGCUGAGGAUGACAGCUUUUCUCCAGCAUUUAUUCUUCUGCCCUGAGCAGAGCACAGCUGUGUGCCAUGGCCCUGCCUGGACCACGCUGGCCAGGAGGCAGCAGGGACAAGACCAGCAAUAAUAGCCUUGGGUGUUGCAAUUAGUGAGGAGCACAGGGAGCCCAAUCUUGCCCUAAAUCAGCUGGGGUUUGGGGUCUUUAGUCCAGCAAGGAGUUAUCUGAGCUGGGUGCACAGGUCAGGUUGUCCUUUCUUCUAACCUUAAACCCUAUGAACAAAAAAUCCCAGCUUGGGAUGAAUUGGUGCAUCUUUCCAGAGCAGGGCACCUGGCUGUGGUGAUCUGUCACUCAUGAGAGUGAGGCUGGUACCCCCUUGGGGCUGAGUACUCCUAGCUCUGCUUCCCAGCAGUCCCAGGCCUUUGCUUUGUACAUGGAGAGUCUUUCAAUCAAUAAAAUUUCCUUGGCUGUGGUGGGAA